AUGGCCAAACCACUAUUUUCUCUCUUCUCAUUCCUAUUCCUAAUAAUCGGCGUAUCCGCACAAUUUCAAUUCUUCGAGCAAAUGUUCAACGGUCAACAACAGCAGCAGCAACGUCAACCACAAGAUGUGCCCAGUGAUUCGCAAUGGUAUCAGGAUAAUUAUGAUCGAGCCCACUGUACAUCCUACCUCUGCCCCGGCACCCUCUCCUGCGUCGCCUUCCCACACCACUGUCCCUGCGCGCACCCAACCUACGAGGAGAAAUUCGAGCUCGCAGACGGAAACGCUAUUUGCAUAUCGAAAGGAGGAUUUAAGGCUGGGGAGGCAGCGAGGAAGGUGGAAUUGGCUAGGAAGGGGUUGAUUUGA